GCGCGUGCGCAGUGCGCUCUAUCCUCUGAUCAGUGCGGCAGGAAAAGCGCAGAGAAGACGCCGCGGAGAGAUAGAGGGAGAGAGGAAAACAGUUAGAAAAGAAAAGGAAGAACAUCAUGGACACAAACAGCGUCUUUGGUUAAUGUGUGAAACUGUCCUCUGCUGCUGGACUGUAGCUCUCCUCCUCUGCCGCACAGCUGCUCCGUUAUGUCGGACAACCUGAAGAGAAUAAUGUCAGGGAAUGGAGGAAAUCUCCAGAAAUCCUGCUACUAAACUGCGCUGUCAAGGUUUAAGGAUAUGACUAAAACAUAAGGACAUACAACUGAGGAGUGCUCUUGUAACCGAGGAGCGCCUUUUUGGUAUCCAGCUCGCCGUGCUCUCCAACAAUCAAGGCCACGAUCAAAGUUUUUUUUUUUUUUUUUUUUUUUCUGGAGAAGGGGAAAUUUUGCUGCAUUGAAUUCCUCUGGACGGGAUGUCAUCCGCAGUCAGGAGGAAUUCCUCAGACUGACUGAUCCUCCAGCUGCAGUGUAGCGGGAUCCGGAGAGUGAAAAGAUGGGAGAUGCGGCAGACGACAGAGGGAUGAGACGGACCUUCAUCGUCCCUGCCAUCAAGAGCUUCGAUCACUACGACUUUACCAGGGCCAAGAUAUCAUGCAGCCUGACGUGGCUGGUGGCCAAGGCUUUCGGCUCGGAUGCAGUGCCAGAGGAGCUGGCUGAGCCUUUAUACAGGGACCAGUACAACCAGGAGCACCUGAAGCCUCCGGUGGCCUGCCUGCUCCAGUCUGCUGAGCUCUACUGCCGGGCGGGGAGCCUGAUCCUCCGCAGUGAUGCUGUCAAACCUUUACUGGGACACAACGCUGUCAUCCAGGCCCUGGCCCAGAAAGGCCUGUACGUCACUGACCAGGACCGACUGGUCACUGAGAGAGAUCUGACCAGCACACCUAUACACAUGAGUUCCCAUCUGGCCCUCAUAGAUACCCUGAUGAUGGCGUAUACUGUGGAGAUGGUGAGUGUGGAGAGGGUGAUGUCCUGCAUCAACAGGUACUCCUCCGCUGAACCCUCGCACAGUGACAGAUAUACACAGGAGCUGCCUUAUGACACUGAGGAUGCAAUCACCACCUGGAUCAACAAGGUGAAUGAACACCUGAGGGACAUCCUUGUCGAAGAGCAAAAGUUAAGAGAGGCUUCCUUCCAGGAGUCAAACACAACAACACACAAAGCUCGCUACAAAAAGGAGCUUGCUCAGCAGAGGAGCCCUCCAUUGCUCCCCCUGGUGGAGAACCUGCUGAAGGACAACACAGACGGCUGUGCCCUGACCACCCUGCUGCACUUCUACUGCCCACAGGCCGUCAGACUGGAAGAUAUCUGCCUCAAGGAGACCAUGUCUUUGGCCGACAGUCUGUACAACCUCCAGCUGGUGCAGGAGUUCUGCAUGAACAACCUCAACCAUUGCUGCCACUUCAGCCUGGAGGACAUGCUCUACGCACAUGCAUCCAUAAAGAGUAACUACCUGGUGUUUAUGGCUGAGCUUUUCUGGUGGUUUGAAGUGGUUAAACCCUCAUUUGUACAGCCCAGAGUCUUCGACCCAAACGGUACAGUGCAUCUUCACGCCUGCGAGCCUGUAUCAUCCUGUAAAAAUAUGGCUCCUGUGUCCAGUCCAGCCAAACAGAGCUAUGCAGACAGCCCUGAUAGCCCAGAGAACAUCCCUGCAGAGGCUGUAAUGAAGACAUUUACCUCCAUGUCGUACGUGGAUGGCUGCCUUGGGACAUGGCCCAAAGAAAAACGCUCCUCCUCUCGGGGAAUCUACUUUGAGAUUCCUCUGGACGGAGACCCGACUGUGCCGCCCUGUGAAGCUCCCUCCCUCCGCGGUAUGACCCGCUCUGCCAGCAGUGACAGUCUUGGGUUCAAGGUUCACUUUGCAUCUCGAGGGGGCAUGAAGCGCCACCUCUCCCUCAUCCCCGUCAAUGUAAAUGGUCAGGGCAGACACAUACCAGAGGAGGAUGAGGACUUCACUGCCCACAAACCCCUGGGGAGGAACAACACAUUCUCAGUCAAGAACCAAAGCAGGUACUCCAAUGGAGUCUUCCCAGAGAGCAACCACAGCCCCAACGAUCACCAUGGCAACCACAGUGGCCACAUCAGCCCAUCAAGUCCUCCGAGCAUUGAGGAGGCCCUGAAGAUUAUCCAUGACACUGAAAGGCCUCACGCUAGCCUGGAUAUGGGGGGCGGAGACAAUGGCUUCUUUCUCCACAAUGCAGAACCUUCAGACCUUCCAGGGGCACAUGGUCAUGAAGACGACCCAGGUUCAGCUAAGGCCCGGCUGAAUGACCACGACCCCAACUCUGUAUCCACUGAUGAAGUUGACACGGGCAUCCAUGUGAGGACAGAGGACAUCCAGAGCUUGGAUGAGGACUCCUCCUCUCUGAGAGACUAUUCAGAUAUAGACCCAGACUGUGACCCCAUGAUCCGGUCGUGCCGUCUGUCUGACCAGCCACAGAGGGAGAGAAGCAGGGAAGGAGGACAGAACAAGGUCAGUGAUGCUAACCCCGAGGGUGAGAGGGGAGAUGGAUGUGACAGGAGCAGCCCCUGUCCCAGUUCAGCACCCACACUCCCCAGAUCCCACACAGCCAGCCCCACCUCGUCGUCUGGAGGCUCUGGAGGCGGCAUGGUCCGGAUGACGAGCUUUGCAGAGCAGAAGUUCAGGAAGCUGGAGGGACGGAGUAGUGGAGGAACCACACCAGAGAGUUCAGAUCUCAAUGUGCCGUAUACACACCCAACAACAAACAUUUCUUCUCAGAUCUCUACACCUCCUUUGCCAAUCACAUCUCCCUCUCCAGUAACACCUUCCCCCUCCCACCUGAUAGCCUCAGAGAUGAUUCAACUGAGGAUGAAGCUUGAAGAGAAACGGAGAGCCAUUGAAGCCCAGAAGAAGAAGGUGGAAGCAGCUUUCACCCGCCAUCGUCAGAAGAUGGGCAGAACAGCCUUUCUGAAUGUAGUGAGAAGAAAAGGAGUCACUGCCCCCCUCAGCCCCAGCUCAGGGGGAGCAGAAACACCUUCUCCAGAACCCCUCACAUCCUCAAAGGAAACCAGCCAGGGCAGCAUGGAGCGGUCGGAGAGAUGCAAGCCAGAUGGAGCAGCUCCUAAAUCCCCCUGUGAGGAUGGUGGAGGUGUGACUCCAGGAGAAAUCGACCUUGCAGAUUACACACGCUCCAUUGAGAGGCUGAACACGUCAUUGGGCUUCCUGCAGACAGAGAUGCAGCGUUUGGCCCAGCAGCAGGAGAAGAUCAUGUCCAUGAGAGAGCAACAGCAACAAGCCUGGGUCAUUCCUCCUCCUGCUCCAUCUCCACACAGGCAGCUCCGUGAGUUGCGUAGCAGCAGCGUCACAGGCCGGGGAUCAGGCCGAGGCUCGGUUGGGUCCUUAUCGCCCAUCCUUUCUUCUUCCGGCUCUCCCCACGCUCCCAAUCGUUCCCCUGCUGGCAUUAAGCGGCGGCCAGCCUCCUUCCAUGCCAGGACACCUCGGACUCCACGACCAAAUGAUCUGAAGGUCACACCCUUCAGUCGAAUGCUCAACACCCCCACCUCAGUGGACAGCCUACCCAGACUGAGGCGUUUCACCGCCAGCCAAACCCAGCUCAGCCCAUUUGACUACCUGGGCCACGAUGAGGGGCAAGGGGAAAGCAAGAACCAUGAGGCCAAUGACAACAACAAAGAAAACACGAAGGACAAAGAAGAGACAUUGGCAAAGAAGAGUGCUGGCACUCCUCGGCCUUCUACUGAAGAAGCAGCCAAAGAGAAGGAAGACGAGAGACAGGAGGAAAGAAAACAGGCAGAGCAUGCUCAGUCGAAGGGUGUAGCCAAACAAACAAGGUCAUCAGAGGUGUUGUGUCAACCGGUGUCUGAGAUCCAAGGGACAGCACGCAGCCGGGUCAAGGGAGACCCUCAGGACAGGAGAGACCUGGUGGAGGUGUCUCUGUCUGGGCUGAAACCUCCAGGAGGACCACCCUGUGGUCAGGAGAUGACGGGAGAGGGAGAGACAGGAGGAGACACUUAUGGAGAAGACCAAAAGAUGUGCUGUGGAUUCUUCUUCAAGGAUGAUGUGAAAGGGGAAAAGGACAUGGCAGCAAAGAAAGCAGCUCUGUUGGAGAAGAGGCUGAGGAGGGAGAAGGAGGCUCAGGAGAAGAAGCAGCAACAGGAACUGGACCAGGAGCAGAAGAAGGAAGCUGCACGGUUGAAAGCCGAGGAGGAGGAGCUGCAGAAGAAGGAUGACGAGAAGGAAAGGAGGGACUACAUCAGGAAUGAAUAUUUGAGGAAGAAGCAGCUCAAGCUGAUGGUGGACAUGGACGAGGUCAUCAAGCCCCGAUCUGGAAGUCUCAAGAAGAAGCCACGGCCCAAGUCCAUCCACAGGGACAUCAUGGAGUCAUCUACUCCCCCUGUGAGAGCAACAGGGGUGCGUCCUCGAGGCUUCUCAGUAUCAAGUGUUUCUUUGGCGUCUCUCAAUCUGGCUGACAACGACAGAGACCAGCCAAAUAACAUGAAGAGCGACAGAGGCAAUAAAGUAGCUUCUGCCCAUAUCCCGUUCUAUCUAAGCUCUCCCAAAGAAAGAAAGGGAAGGCCAGACUCUGCAGAAGGUUUUUCUUCUUGUCCCUCGACCGGUAGUCGAAACGGGGAGAAGGAUUGGGAAAAUGAUUCUACCACCUCAUCCACUCCCUCCAACGCUGAAUACACAGGACCUAAACUAUACAAGGAGCCGAGUGCCAAGUCCAACAAGCACAUCAUCCAGAAUGCUCUGGCUCACUGCUGCCUGGCUGGCAAGGUCAACGAAGGGCAGAAGAACAAGAUACUUGAUGAAAUGGAGAAAUCCGAAACCAAUAGCUUCCUGGUGUUGUUCCGUGAUGCCGGAUGCCAGUUCAGGUCUGUGUACGCCUACUGCCCUGAGACGGAGGAGAUAACCAAACUGGCCGGCAUCGGGCCAAGGAGCAUCACGACCAAGAUGAUCGAGGGCCUGUACAAGUACAACUCAGACAGGAAGCAGUUCAGCCAGAUCCCAGCCAAAACCAUGUCCGCCAAUGUGGACGCCAUCACCAUCGCCAGUCAUCUGUGGCAAACCAAGAAGCAGGGGACGCCCAAAAAACUGCACCCUAAGUAGUGCCAGAUUUGGACAUGCUUUUCUGGAAGGAACACAGAAGAAUUUGUGGAUUUUACUUUUUCAUUGAAAGGACACACUGUCCCACUGUAAUAAAUCACAACUGGAAUGUAGAACACAAGUGGGCCUCAGAGAGUUUGUUGUUACAAUACAGAGUUGACUGUUACACUCUGGACUACUUUAAUGGGGCGCAAGCGUGUACUUGUCAGCAUGUGUAUCAAUGUUCUCGUGUGCCAAAAAAAAGAGAAGAAAAUAAUAGGCGGAGCAAUGCCUUACCUAGUUGAACCACUGAAGCAGUGAAUGUCACGCCUCUGAAAGAGGCAGUUUGGUUUCUAUAAGUUGAUCAUGUGUGGCCUUAUGCUUGUUUUGUGUCAUAUGGAUGCGCUGUGAGUGUUGGUGUCAUUUUGUCAGCGCCUGUUGGAAAAAGUCUGUUGUGAUAAAGGAGAGGUUGCGUGUGCUCACAGGUCUGGGAUCAGAUUACGCCCCCUCAAGCCCAGGUUGUUAAAAGGGUGGCCUGUCUGAUCUGUGAUCAGGUAGAGGCAGCAUUUUUGAUGAGAGUUUUGCUGCUAUACAGGCAUAGGUUUUUCCCCCCGUUUUUUUUUACAUGACUGAAAAACUUAUAAAGAGUUAAACUUUAUGUAUGUGUGUGCAUAGUGAAGUGCCAAGAAGAGUGAGGAAAAUACCUCAGUUGGUGAUUGCAAUUACUUUCCAAAAGUGUGAAAUGAUGAGAUUAUUGAGCAUAUGGAGUACCAUCAAACAAUUCUGGAAAGCACCUGCAACAGACUCUUAAUUUAUUUCAUUUUGAUAAUGCUUUGAAGAUAUUUUAAAAGGCGUCUUAGAUUUUAUUCAGAGAAACAUAAUAUACUAUACGUACAUAAGUUAAAUUAAUUUGUAUAUGAAUGCAGAUCCAUUCAAAAUGAACAAGUCGGCUUGUUGUAGCUUUUGAGUAGCUUUUAUAAUUUAUCACGUACUAUAUGUAUGAGUAUUUUAUCGUUUGGGGCCUUUUAUUGUGCUACAAAUGCAAAAAGUGUGAUCACUCAACAGUAUCACUGAUAAGACUUAUCGUCAGUAGUAUUAGUAGUAAAUGAAUUCACCUAUGAUAGCACUUCAAGACCCUGUCCGCUGUCGCUGAGUCGUUUCCACUUCAGGACUGUCACGCUUGUUACUUUACUUUUACAUUACUGUUACAUUUCUUAUCAUGUGUUCCUUCACUCUGUGUUGACACUGUACAGAUAUAUUUUGGCAUAUAGAAGUAUUUUUUGUAAUGACAUGUACCUGUUAAAGGUGUGUACUAAUGAAACAGUACAGUUGUUGAAGGAGGUGUGUUGAAAGCAAAGUGUACCUGAUGAGGCAAGGUAUAUAAAGCUUUAAUGAGGCCAUUAAGUACACUGAGAAAAUCAUAGUAUUUUUUUUUCCAACUCUGAAUUCAUUUUCUUUUCAAUUUACUAAAUAUGCUGUUCAUGGAUUUUUGUUGUUUUUCUAUUCCUUUGAGCUUUAUUAAAAUGCCAGCUAUCAACAGUA